AUGUACUCUCUUUCCAUCACACCAGAGUAUGAGGCUGCGAAUGAGCAGUAUGCCGAAGACUUUGACAAGGGAGACCUUGCCCUUCCACCAUCACGGAAAGUCGCUAUAAUAGCCUGCAUGGAUGCCCGUCUAGAUCCAGCACAAAUCCUCGGAAUAGAACUCGGUUCAGCACACGUUAUCCGCAACGCAGGUGGUCGCGCAGCCGAUGCUCUUCGCUCAAUCAUUAUUUCACAACAACUUCUUGGCACAAGAGAGAUUGUCAUCAUCCACCAUACUGACUGUGGCAUGCUCACGUUCUCUGAUGUUGACCUCAAAACAAAGGUCAGAAAAGACCUUGACGAGGACGUUGAUCACAUGGCCUUUCUGCCCUUCUCUGAUUUGGAGCAGAGUGUUCGCGAUGAUAUCAAGUUUUUGAGGAAGAGUCCUCUGGUGUUGGAUGGGCCUAUUACCGGGUAUAUUUAUGAUGUCAAGACUGGAAAGAUUACGGUCAAGGUUCGAUAG